CAAAACGAGGCGUUUCCCUUGGCAAGCAAAACUUGAGCCUAAGCAGAGUGCGAGAGACAAAAAAAACCCCGCUUUCUCCUCCGGCAGGGCAGCAGGACGCCGUCGAGGCGCAAAGCGAACCAGCGCAGCGCACGGAGUGCACGCGCUCGACGCGAUGCCUUCCUCCCCCGCCCCAUCCCCCGUCAUCGACAUCAGCGACACCGAAAGCGGCGACGACGCCGCCGCCGCCGCCUCCAGCGCGCUCUCGACGUCCGCCGUCGAGCGCAUCGCCUCCACCCUAACCACCCAGGCCAAGGUCGACGCCGUCUGCAGGAACCACGACGUGCCGACGGAGUUCGCCGCGCGCCCCGCCGGCGAGCUGCGCGCGUGCAGCGAGCCCCCGCGGGGGUCCGUCUGCGUGUACGCGCACAUGCUGGAGACCGGGGUGCGCUUCCCGCUGCACGACUUCUUCUGCGAUGCGCUCACCCACUUCCACCUCGCGCCGGGCCAGCUCUCGAUAAACGGGUGGCGCGUCCUGGUGGGGUUUGUGGCGCUCUGCCACGAGGCCGGCAUGGUGCCGCCGUCGAUGGCUCUGCUGCGGCACUUCUUCCAGCUGUACAACCGGAACGACUGGUACUACUUCCGAUGCAGGGCGGACGCCGGGGUGCUCUUCACCGGCACGAGCUAUGCGCAGUCAGAGAGGGAGUGGAAAGGGGGUUUCUUCUUCCUGACGUCGCAGGAGUCAUGGCGCUGCCCCGUGCGCUGGGGCAAGCCGCCGUACAAGAGCUCCGCCGCAGGUCCGGUGCUGACGACCUACCAGAAGCAGUCGGCGGAAAAGCUGCUACGCGUGCACGGCGCAGCGCGUGAUCUCCGGGCCUACCUCCGCGAGACAGAUCUUUCUGCGGCCUUGUCCGCCAACCUCGCCGGCGCACCGCCGCCACCUCAGCCUUCUCCCCGUUCUACUGUCGCCGAAGUGGUGGAUCCACCCGUCCGCGACAUGACUCACAGUAUGCCAGUGGAGAACACGGCGGCGCCGGCGGCAUGGACGGAGCAGGUGAAAAGCGAGGCACACGGCGACACGCAUCCGUUGGCCGGAAAGAAGAGGAGACGGGAGGAGGUGACUGGAGCAGACGGGCUUGGCUGCGCCGCCCCGGUGGCCUGCCCGCGGUCACCGCACUCGCCCGUACCCGAGACGCACGACGGCGACAGCGCCGACUGGAAGGCCGCGCGGAAGGUUCUAGAGGGCAUCGUCACGCCGUGGCGGGAGCGCCACUUCGCGGCGUCGAAGCCCUCCAACCUCCUGGCAUCCAGCUACGUAGCAGUGCUCCAGGCCGCGAACUACGCGACCUUCUCCAUGACCUACGCGCUGGAGCGGGAGGAGAAGGUUCUGGCGCGGGAGCGAGACAACCUGGCGCUGUGGGAGCAAGUGGAGAAGGAGAAGGCGGCGAGGCAGGCCGUGGAGGCGGAGCUGGAGAAGUUCCUGCGGUCCGGGGAGUACACGCGGCUGCUCGCCGAGCAAGCGCUGACGGGGUACCUGCGCGGCGCCGAGGAGAUGAAGCGCGUCGUGCUCCAGCACUACCCGCACCUCGACGCCGGCAAGCUGGAGCUGCCGGUUGAUUAGCUCGGUCUGAUUAGUUGGAACUUGGAGUCGUUCCAUCUUUUGUAGUACUGUACAUGGGAAAUCUGCUCUAGGUAGCAACAUCAUGUGCAGAGAUUUUAGCUGGGCCAUGAGCUAAGACAUAUGCCUAUCCCAACUUGUUGUUGGUGGAAGGUUUGUUCAGGGUUAUCUACCACUUUUGUGGAGCAAUCAACUCGACAAUGUUGCAUGCA